AUGGAGGUGGCCGAGAGCAGAGAACAGGCCUCCGUUGGUCCGUCAACGGGAGCAGACUCCAUGACCAACGGAGAUCGGCAUCCCUUUCUCGAUGACCCCCUCAUGGACGAUGAUGGACGUUCAAGUAGUUUGAGUGAGAUCGACGAUGUCUCGGAGAAUGAGCCAUCGGACUUCGAAGACCACAUCAAAUCAGACAAGCCAAUGGAGAACGACUCGGAAGCGGAGACCGAGCGCAUCGAGGAUUCUCCCCACAACAUCCGAAAGCGCGACAUUGUGCUUAGUGCCGGCAGCGCAGGGCCUAGUCCGAGCAAGCUCCACCAAUCUACGACACUUGACGAUGUCGACGACGAAGCGCUCGAGGACUCACCUAGCAAGCGACGUCCUUCCAAAAACAAUGGAUUGGGCAGUGAUAUUCCCGACCUUGGUGACGUUGAUCUUCCUGGAAGCAUUGGCAAGAAGCGCAAACGCAUCGAGGCCGGUGAUGAAACCGGCACCGAGCUGGGUGACGACGAGCCCACGAAGAAGCGCCGAAGCUCCAUAAAGAGCGAUUUGAGCGACGCGAUCGAUGACGAUACCCCCCUCUCCCCCGAGCCACUCGAAGAUCCCAUGGCGAUCAACGAUGAUGACACACCGGCCGAUGAUGCUCCCGAGCUGGAUCUCCCAGCCCCGCCUAUGAAAGGCAAGAAGAGUAAAAAGGGUAAGCGGAAAGGAAGACGGGCCCAAGAUGCAGACGAAGAGACGGAGACUGGCGGUGCCGAUGCCAUUCCAGGGGACGGUGUUGAUGAGCUUCUCGGGGAAGACGAAGAACCUACGGAACGAGGCGAUGAACCUGACGACGCAGAAGCAACAGUUCGGGCUGAAGAAGAAUCUGUCAAAAAGAUGUCUGCUAUGGAUUCUCUGGCAACGUUAGAAAAAGAAUUUGCGGCAUUACGUGACAAGAUUUAUGAUGAACGGAUAUCCAAACUCAACCGCGAACUGGAGAUGUUGACUGGUCCGAAUCCGACGCAUCCCGAGUAUCUGCGCCAGAUCGAAUGUGUGCAACGUUACCGGGACGCCAAGAUCAAAUACGAGCAAAACUUGUAUAAAUACCGCAUGAAGUCGUUGCUCAACAAGGGUUUGGCAGAACGAGCUCAGGCACACAGCACAUACUUCCAAAGAGUCCGAGAUGUGCGUGAGAAGCAUUCGAGUGACAUCAGCAAGCAGUUCUAUGCCAUUCAGCAUGAUCGCUUCAAGACCGAUGAGCUCAGCCCGCAUCACAUCAUCGCCUUCCCUACUCGUCGUUCGCAGCAGAUCGCACACCAGUCCGCAUACAACCAGGAAGUUUCAAUCAUGGCUGGUGUUGCGAAGUAUGUUGGCUUCCCCGCUGCUCCAAGCUUAUUGGGCGCACGCCCUUCGGAACUUGAUGAUGAUCUUGAAAAGAUGGGGAUAACCAUCGAGUCUCGUGCCUCAGCACCAAGGCAUUCAUCUGCAAUGCCUCCACGGACGACCAUGUCCGCCAUGUCUACGCAUGCCUUCCGCGCCGCCGAAGAAGCAUUCCUAGAGCAGACACCCUGGGCAAACCCGCAACAUCCGAUUCAUCAGCAGCAACAACAUCAUCAACAUCAACAUCACUUACAGCAACAUCGACCUCAAGGGCAUACUUUCGAGCAUCCGCAACCAUCGUCAUAUACCACUCCAGCGGCUCAGAAGCGAGUGGUAGACAUCAAUGCGCCGAAUGGAUCCGCAUCAACUAUCCCCGAGAACGCCUCUGCGGCCAACUCAUCUGCCAACAACACCCCCUAUGGCAUGGAGCAAGACUCGAGGCAUCAAACACAAGGACCCUUCCGUAACCCUGAUUAUGAUGGGGACCAUCACAAAUCUGGAUUCCGCUCAUUAAGUUCUUCGCCAUUGGACGUACGCAAAUCACAACCACACCUUCCUCACACUCUCGAGCACCGCUCUCCUACUACCGACGUCCCCAUCCACAAUCACAUCUUCUCUCCGCCUCCUGCACGACAAACCUUGUUCCACCCAGCCGGCCUCAAACGGGAUCCCUCCCCAUCUCUUUCUAAACCCGUCGAUACGGUGCACUACCGUCUCCAUCAGCCAGGGAUCUCAACUGGCUCUGGCUCAAAUCACAUGCCAGCCCGUUAA